AUGGACGACGGAGCGGCUGCCACGGCGCCUCUGCCUGCGCGCCCCGACGAGCCCGACACGAGAAACAGCCUGCGACACAUUCUGGCCGCCGACCCCCCGAUGGACGACUCCAAGCCCUCGCCCUCGCAGGCCAACACGCCUGUCCCCGAUGGGAGCGACGCUGGCGGCGAUGCGCCCGACGCCGCCCGCCCCGUCAACGACACGGACCCGGCGAGGCCGUACUACACGGCGACGACGACGACGACGCGCCGCAAUGCCAACGGCAGCGUGUCGUCCGUCUACAGCGGCAACAAGAUCAAGCACCUGAAGAAGGACGACGGCAUCCCGCUGUGGCGCAAGGACAUCCAGUUCGACUUCCUCAAGCUCGUCUUCGAGGACGACCGGCCCGUCUUCACCAAGCAGUCGGACAGCACCAGCGGCCACACCUUUGCCGACAUCUACCUCGACGCCAUGGCCAAGAGCAGCAAGUGCAGCAAGAUCCUCAAGGACAAGCUGCUGACGGAGCGCCCGGCUGCCAUCAACAUGGCCAUGGUGUGUCUGCUCGUCAACGUCGGCCGCAUGAACACGACGCUCAACUUCUUCCCCGAGAUGCGCGCCCAGCUGCGCACCUACCACUCCAUCCCCUCCCUCCAGGCCCACCAAGACCCGAAUGCCUACAAGCAGCUGCAGGACGCGCCCCGCUUGAAGUCCAUCCUCAAGGGUGCCACCGAGGACCAGGAGCAGCCCAGCACCAUCGAGGAGAUCAUGGCAGCCUCCGUCCCGCGUACCAACCCCGUCAACCUCAUCUUCGUCCUGUCGCAAUACGCCCCCAAGAUCUCAGAGCUGCACUUCUUCCCGCCGCGCGACUUCUUCGACCUCGUCAUGCGCUCCAACCUGAGCAGCAAGAGCAGAGCCACGGCCUUCCUCUGGCUCAUGUGGUGGUAUCUCGAGAGCGACUUCACCAAGGAGGCUGCCGAGAGCAACCCUUUUGGUCCCGGCCAGAUGGGUCCGGCCGACGAUCCGACUACGGCUGAGUUCCCUAUCAAGUGCCCGCCUUUUGACAUACUCUCGCCAGAGCAGGAGGCGCUGGAGAACGUCGACUCCAUCGAAGAGAAGACUUUCGGUGAGAUUAAGCGCAAGGAGAGGACAGCUAUAUUGGCAAGCGACAUGGCGCCCGUCGUGACAGGCCCCAAGCGUACCAACAAGAAGGGCUUCAACCAGAACCCAGUCUUCUCCAUCGCCGCCGAUGAUGGUGCUUGGACACCUGGACGCGACAGGCAAUCGCCUUCCCAUGGCUCCGCACGAGGACGAGGCAAGCUUGCAAAAUCCAUCAUCGAACGAGACUACCCCUCAGACACUGACCGUACUCGGUCUGCGUCUCCACCGAACAGCGUCUAUAACACAGCCAAGAAGGUGGCUACGCCCAACAUGCGCAUCAAUACCCUCCUCAACGAAGACGGACCGGCUUCGUCUCCUGCGCCCAAGGGCCCCGGCCGCGGGAACUGGUCGCGCAAUCGCACAUCAGGCAUAGGCGCCGGAGGAACACCAGCCGCACGUUCUUUCAAGACCAAACUCGACGCUCCACACUCGCAAGAUGGCCAGUCCCCCUCUACAUCCGCACCCACCUUCAACGGACCACACGGCUUCUACCUCCCGCUCAACGGUUCCGACCCCUCGCACAAACGAACACGUCCCCUUACACAACACCAACUAGCUGUCGAGCAAUACAGGAGGCGACGCGUCGACGUCAUUCUUGACAGAGGUAUUCGCAUCGAGUACGCCGCCGCAGCCAAGCGCCGCCGCAAAGCCAACCCCUUUAUGCGCAGCUGGAUCCGCUGCAAAGGCAUGGCCGACGGCUACGACACAGACGAAGAAUCGCACGCGCAAUUUGCCCAACUUCCCGAAUACGAACUCGGCACCAAAACACCCCCGCCCAUGCCCUCCGGCCUCGUACCUCUCGACUUCGGCGGCGAAGUCAACGACCAUGGCGAGGAGUCGUACUACCGCGCUAAGAUGCUCAGCAGAGCCCUGCGUCGCUUGGAUCGCUGGGAGGGCGGCAGAAGUGCGCUCAGAGCCCGACCCAAGGGCGAGAGGGGUAGCGGAUUGCCAGACGUCCAUGACAGACCUGUUUUGGGUAGUGAAGAUGAAGAUGACGAGGAUGAUGGCGAUGACAUGAUGGAUGUGGAUGAGAUGGAGAGGAGGGAGGCGUUGGAGGAUGCUAGUGAGGAAGACAGCGAUGAUGAUGUUGACAUGGAGGGCGAGAGAAGAUGGGAUCCUACUUCACUUCCGCCAUUGCCCAGGAUGGCUUGA